AUGUCUGCCGCCGCCAAGCCCACUGCCAAGAAGGCCGCCACCAAGAAGGUCGCCGCCACCAGCGUCUCCUACGAGGCCAUGAUCAAGGAGGCCAUCCUUGCUCACCCCGCCGACGCCCGUGCUGGUAUCGGCCGUGCCACCAUCAAGAAGUACAUCCAGUCCCACCACCCCGAGACUGCCAAGGGCUCCGAGGCCAGCUUCAACACCCGCGUCAACCAGGCCAUCACCCGCGGUGCCGAGAAGAAGACCUUUGUCCUCCCCAAGGGCCCCUCGGGCAAGGUCAAGCUCGCCCCCAAGGCCAAGGUCGAGAAGAAGCCCGUUGCCGCCAAGAAGCCCGCCGCGGCCAAGAAGGUCGCCGCCAAGAAGCCUGCCGCCAAGAAGCCCGCUGCUAAGAAGACCGCUGCCAAGAAGCCUGCUGCCAAGAAGGUUGCUUCGUCAACGGCCACCAAGGCCAAGAAGCCUGCCGCCAAGAAGGCUGACGCUCCUGCCCGCAAACCUCUUGCUCCCACCCAACCCAAGGCUUCGAAGCCAGCCGCCAAGAAGGCCGCCCCCGCCAAGAAGGCAUAA